AUGCACGUCAGACCUGGGAAGGCACAAGACCUCCCGGACUGCGCAACCAUCUCUCGCAAUGCUAUGUUCGAUGACAAUUUGACUGCAUAUGUAGCUCCUCAUCGCCAUAAUCACCCAGAAUGCUUGCGUCAAGGCAUUCUCCGAAGGGCCAAAAAGAGAUUCUAUGGCGGUGACACUCUGUGGGUUGCUGUAACGGACGACAACGAUGCCGAUUGGGACGGGCAUGAGAAGGUCAUCGGCCAUCUUUCAGCAAGCUCGACCCGUGAAGCAAAUUCGAAGCCCUCGGCGUUUUCAUGGAAAGGCCUGGAAGUGCGACUUCUUCAGCUCGAAGAACUCUUCAUCUGGUACACAAAUUCAGACAGAUCGAUUUCGAGGCGCAAAUGGACCGAGUUCGCAUCAGGAAAGUGGACAGGAUAUCAAGAUCCCUUUGCCAACUUCAAAGAGUACUGGCACGUCUCCCAUCUGUCCGUAGAUCCGGAAUAUCAACGACGCGGCGUUGGUACGGCUUUGAUUGAGAACGUGAAGAGGCUUGCUUCCAAAGACACCCUACCCUUGGCCCUUCUUUCAAGCGUCCAAGGGAGAUUCCUGUACCUGAAAAGUGGCUUUCGCGAACUCGAACAACUCAAUGAAGGAACACUGUACGCCUGCCAUCUCAUGGCCUGGUAUCCAGACUCUUCUAAAUGA